GAAGUGAUUUGGAAAAUGGUUCAACACUGUGGACUGCACCAAACAUUCAUAAUCGUCUUCAUUCAGCAGUUAAACGAUGAUGUCGCAGGUCAAAAGAUCCACAACAGGUAGCUCAGUGAAUAGAAGAGUAAGACAGGCCUGACUACCUACUGUCACUGGUGAUAGCUCUAGUUGUUGUGAACUGGAUUAUGCGGAGAAAGAAGACAGGGAUACGUUGGUCGAACAAAGAAGACACUAGAAGAUCUGGAUUUCGCUAUAUUACACAAACUGAAAGACCUAAAGAGGAUAACCUAGACAAGUUGGCAGAAGAGGUAACUAAGAGUGAAUUUCGGGUGGACGAACAUACAGGAGAUGGGCGGGAUGAAGAAAACCAACCAAGCAAACAACAAAAAACAAGCAUCAGCCACCAACAACGCGAAAAAUCGCGGGGGGGAGGGAAGAUAAGCCUCUCUUAUUUAUCUACACAGGAUCACUUCUGCCGCAGACGGUGUGCGUGAUGAUGUCAAAACCAGUCAAGGCGGGAAAUGCAAGACAUAUCAUACAGUGGAACAGUAUUAG